CACUGCACAACACCACUUGUUGCGAACGACUGUGCCUGCCUUGACCGAGGAACAAGACUUCAUACGAACCAGGAUGGUGCGUGCAAGCUGCCUGCUCGCGAGCUGUGUGCUCAUGGCCCUGCUUCUCAUCGUGCCCGCCUCUGCUUACCCCAGGUAUCCAAGCAACUAUUUCCGCGAAGAAGGCCAAUACGAACCCGAAGAGAUUAUGGACAUGCUGAACCGCCUCGGAAACCUUAUCCAGAUGGAACGCAAAAUGGAAAACUAUAAAGAAGACAUUACUAGCGAGAAGCGCGCCCUCGAUCUUGGCCUGAGCCGUGGUUACUCCGGUGCUCUCCAAGCUAAGCACCUCAUGGGUCUUGCCGCUGCCAACUACGCCGGCGGCCCCGGCAGGAGGCGACGAGAUGCUCACUAAGUCUUAAGCACCUGAAUACUGCACUGAGCUGGACUCCAUAACCUGUAACCACAACUUUAUGCAGUAGAAUUCAUACGCUUAUCUCAAACACCAUCUGGCUGGUUCCAUUGAUAAGUAAGACAUCCAUAUAGGCUAUAGUCAACUUUAUUCAAAUUAACGCUUAACGUGAUAUAUUUCUAGUCAAAGUUUAUAUUUUUAACAUCCGUGUUGUAAAAUGAUGUAUUUUAAAAAUAGAUUUGUACGGUAUGUUAUUAUUUUAUUUUACUUUGGUAUUCCUGUAAGUUCAGAAAUAUGAUUUUUGAAAUUGCUUUUAUAUGUAGGUACAGAUUACAAAAUAGGUACAGUGUAUUUUUUUCAUAGUAGGUAAUUUAUCUUUGUUUCACUUAAUUUAUAAUUUUAGUUUAUGUAAAACUCUUUGAGUACAUGAAGUAGAAACCCUGUAGUUAAAAGUUUUUAUGAAAAACGAUAAAUAAAUUUGACUGAUUUUGAUAAAUUUCUACAAACUAGUCAUUUCGUACUUAAUUCAUGUUUUCAUUCCAUUUCGGUGCCAGUAUUCCUUCAGUAUUAAAAAUAUCAUUAUCUUUGAGAAUGUAAGAUUUAAUCACGAAUGUCUUAAAACGCUUAAUAUUUAUUGUAAAUUAGAACCUACUAACAGUAUUCUUUAAGAUGUCCCAGCUAUAGAAUCUGUAAUACAUUACUUAAAUGUUACCAUUCCUAUGUAUGUAUGUGGCAAAUUAGAAUAGAUACAAAUUAAGUGAUAAAUACCUCCUGUCUAGAGUUUAUUGUUAAAAAUAAAGAGAUAUUCAUAUUUA